GAGCCAUUCAGUCUCCCAUCGAUAGCAGCAGGCUGGGGUGGGGCGGUUUAUUUCCCCUCUCCCUCCUCCUCCUUUUUUCCUUUUUUGCAUAGCGACGUUUGUGUUUUAUAUACAGAGCUGUUAUUCUUCUAAGGGCAGGCGGCGAAGCGGAGAGCUGGAAGAAUGCGCCGCCGAGAGCGAGUGGGAGAAGAACGCGGACUCAAGAUGUGAGCAAGGCAAGGGGGUGGUGACGAGGAAGAUGGUGCAACGCUGAAUGUGUGCAGCAGCCCCUCUCCUCCUCCUCCUCCGGAGCAAGGAUGCGUCCGGUCCAAAAGUCCUUGUGUGUGCUGAUGGUGCUGACGGCAUCUCUGGCGUUUCUCUACCUUCACGUGUGGUCACAAAAACCCUACAGUGUAGUGGACCUACGAAAUCGGCCUGACCGAGCACCUGAGCAGUUGUUGAAGGACCACCUCCUGGUGCCUGACAAGAAAUAUGCACACAUUGCUUUCCGGAUCAAAGAGGAGAUUCUGGAACUUCUUCCUAAGAAUUCCUGUAAAUGUGAAGUGGAACCUAGUAUGAACCUCCCCUUCCAGAAACAUUUCUUUGGUCAUGGCUGGUCUCUGGAAUUUGCUAAUGUGUUCAACCCUGCAGAGCUGCCAGAGAUCAACAGCAUGCGAGAACAGGAGUACCGCCGUUACCGGGAGAGAUCCCAGUCCUCAGCUGACCAGCUCCUCAUAGUCCAAGCCAACUCUCCACUGGAGUAUCCAGCCCAAGGGGUGGAAGUCCGGCCCCUCCAGACCACCCUCAUCCCAGGUCUGAGUUUACAGGCAGCUGACAGAACAUUGUACCGGGUCAACCUGACAGCUACUAUGGGCACCUUUGAUGUGGCGGCUGAAGUGGACGGGGUUAAGGUGGAAGGGGAGGGGGAAAUGCACCUCAUCAUGUCGGGCUCCCAGCUGGACAACCUCAACCGGCAAAUGCAGUUUGUCACCUACACCAACACACUCUUCCAUCCCAACACAGCUGACAUAGUGCAGUUUUCUACCGAUGAGCACCAGGCCUCUUUCGCCAUUCGCAUCCGUCACCUACUUACCCCCAGGCUCUACAACCCAGGAUCUUCCAGCAGAGGGACCCCUGGAGCAGAAUACAACGUCAGCGCCUUGGUCACCAUAGCCACGAAGACCUUCUUGCGCUAUGACAAGCUGCAAAUACUGAUUGACAGCAUCCGCAAGUUUUACCCCACAGUGACCAUCAUCAUCGCUGAUGACAGCCAGACCCCCGAACAUGUGCAGGGACCCCACAUUGAGCAGUACUUCAUGCCCUUUGGCAAGGGCUGGUUUGCUGGCAGGAACCUUGCCAUCUCUCAGGUGACCACCAAAUAUGUUCUGUGGGUGGAUGAUGACUUCAUCUUCACACCCCGCACCAAAGUUGAGAAGCUGGUGGAUGUCCUUGAGAAAACUAGCCUGAACCUGGUGGGUGGAGCAGUGCGGGAGAUCUCUGGUUACACUUCCACAUACCGACAGCAGAUCAGCGUGCAGGCUGGGAACGAAGAAGGUGAUUGCAUACGAAUGCGCCAGGGCCACCACCAUAGCAUUGAGGGUUUCCCCAACUGUGUGGUCACUGAUGGCGUGAUCAACUUCUUCCUGGCACGCACAGACAAGGUGCGGCAGGUCGGCUUCGAUCCUCGUCUCAGUCGUGUCGCACACCUUGAGUUCUUCAUCGAUGGCCUGGGCUUGCUGCACGUGGGCUCCUGCUCCGAUGUGGUGGUGGACCACGCCCCCAAGAUCAAGCUGCCAUGGCUGAAGACGGAGAGCGAGAAGCAGUACGCCAAGUUCCGCUACCCCAACUCCUCAGACAACAGUGUGAUUGUCAAGCACAGCCUCUUCUACUUCAAGAACCAUUUCAAGUGUAUGGCCGGCAACUAGCCUUUGUUGCUAGGGAGUUUAGCCCCAUCCUUAACCACCGGCUGGGUCCUCAGGCCACCAGGCCGACUGAUCUCAGGCACCCUGCUGUGGCAACUGGCCACAGCCCUGGGCGAAUGGUAUUGCCUGUCCACUUGCCAAGCCCACCCCACCCACCCCCAGAACUCAGGGAGGCCUCAGCAUUCUCCGGCCUUAAGAGCCAUUUGGGAAAUGGGCAUCCACUCCUUGUUCUUGUCUUGUUUUUAAAAACCUAAAUGUUUUCUAGAAGGAUGGAGAAGCUGGGCUGCUGGUUGCUUCCCAGCCUUGUUGGUGGCGGAGAGGGUGCUGCAUUGGUGUUACCCAUCCUGCAUUGGAACUGGGGGACUCUGGCUGGGGAGUGAUACUGCCCCAUAGAACCCUAGGAGUUAACUUUUUUCAUUCCCCCUCCACCCUGCUGGGAGCAGCUGCUGUCCUCGACUUCCAUGCGGCCCCUCGUCUCCCUCCGCCCACUCCACAAACCUGCCAACCCUCUCAGAUAUCCCAACCUCCUCUGGUACUGUUUAGGCCAAGAGAGGGAUGUGAUCAGAGGGAGACCUGAACUUUGGGGCUUUCUCGAGUGCCACAACAUUUUUGUGCCAAGUCUUUGCAUCUGUGCGCCCUUCCCUAACUCAGCCUCAAGCUGGUGCCAUCCUGGGAUAUUUUGAAGUGCCAAAGACUACAGUGAUGGAAAGCGGCCACCAGGGGGAAGCCUUGAGGUAUGCAUGCAGCAAAGUGUCGCGAAAGAAGGGCCGGGCCAUCAAGCACACACCAAACUCCAGGCACUUCCAGGUCUGCCCUCCCCUGCAAUAGAAGUGGCCUGUACGUUCCCAGCCCUGGCUCAUGGACAGGGAGGUGGCCUAGUUUCUUUUCUAAUGUGGCGGAAUUUUUGUAUGCUGAUUUGAAGAGACUACCAGAAAUAGUAGUGGAUUUUGUCUAAACCAAGUUCAUUUGCCAAGCUUUUUCCAGUAUCCCGAGACCCUCUCUCUUUGCCUUGUCUGUCCCAACCCAGCAACCUUCAGCUGCUUUUCCGACCAUUGUUGUUUGUUAGGGGGAAAUGUAUUCAUAAGUUGGGGCUGGAUUUGGUUUUCCUACAUGUUGAGUUGCAAUGCAUGGGGUUGGUCUGUGGGGUAGGUAACAGAAGAGGCUGCAGCCAAUCAGGUCAUUCUCAUAUGCCUCACUUCUCUCCCCACCCCUGGUAUGUUGUAUACUUUCUCCUAGCAGUCCAGCUGCAAACUGUGUUCUUGGAGCCAGUCUCCUUGAUGGAUCUGGACACUGAUGCAACUGUAGGGCAGUGAGGGAGAGCGGGGAGGGAGGGCCCACCUUGUAACUUUCCGCUGGCUAUAGGGCUUGAGUAGGAUUGACUGGAUUGCACUUCGGCUGUGGUAGAAAGCAGGGAACAAAUUGUACUGUAAAUUCAGGUGUGUAUAUUGGUGCUAUCACAGCACCUAGGAAUUCUGUAUUUAAUCCUGUGGUCUCCUCUCUGCAUGUCAAUUCAACACACAUGAUUUCACCACACAAGGGAGAACGUAUUUCCUUUGCAUUUCCCACCAAUGCUGUCCGUAGGGACCUCAGUAGGUGAAGAUUUGUGCCCAACUGUAACACCAUCUCUGUCUUUCUGCCCCUCCAAAGGGUCUCCCUCUAUUCUGCAGAGGUCUCCCUUACUCCAGAGCAAUGAUGCCCUCCUGAGUUUACUAGCUCAGCAUUUUCAAAAAUUAGGGACAGCCUAGAACUGUAAUAGAGAUUGGGUGUUAUCCAGUAAAUUAACAAGCCCCUAGGCCUGUGCACCUCGACAUAUCUUUCCCCCGCUCCCCCCGUAAGAGUGCGUAAGAUUGUAUUAUAAAUCCCAUUGAUGUCUUUGGGUCUGUUUAUACAUUCAGCAUAAUUCCGUGCUUAAUGUGGGAUGAACGAAAAGGGGAGGCAAAGUUCAGAAAUAUGCAUAAACAGUGGGCUUUGUUGAGAGAAACUCAGUAGAGUGCUUCUGAAUGAUUGCAACCAGGAGCAUUUGGUGCAAACAGGUUUUUGGGGGGGUUGUUUUUGGUGCCCCAGAGAAGGCACUGCUAGACUGCAUUGGGCAUUUUGAUUUUUCUCAUCGUCUUAUGCACCUUUUCUGACGUUUUGCCCAAGACUGCCCUGACCAUAGAGUAUGUGCCGCUUGCUGACUCCCGCUACCUGAUCGUCCCUUUCUGGUGGUGACAGCAGUAGCUCACGCUCUUUGUCUUGCCCUGCCUUUCCCAAAAGGCAACUGGAGUGAUUUAAAGGCUCUUCCUGCCACUUUGCAUGGCCACCUGUCUCUUGAAAAGGCAAGGCAGGACAAGCAGAUGGGGGAAGAGGAGGGCAGCAGUUGGCAUGUGCUGCCACCCAGGGUAGUUGGGUGGAGGGUGGCAGGCCAGGUGAAGCUAUGGGUUGGCAGAGGGCUAGCGGGUGAUCUGCUACCCGAGGUGGUGGCCUUACCUAGCCUCCCCUUGCUUCCCCUUGCUUCCCCUUCUCAAUCUCUUUCAUUGUUCCCUCCUCAUGGGGGAAGAAAUCGAGCAAACCCUGCCCAUACCCAGACUAGUAAGGACAAAGAGCUCAGUCUUAUUGACACACUAACUUGCUGAUUAAGGACCAGAGAAGGGACUGGAACUCAAUGUUUGGCCCCACGGUUGCACAUGGAAGGGGCCCAUUUCAGUUCCUGGCACUCUGAAGCAGGGCUUGCAGACCCUGGAGAGUUGUUUCCAGGCAGCAUACAGUGGUUUUCUCGUUUAAAAGUGCCCUAUGGUCAUUUUCAUGGAGAAGUAUUCAAAUAUGCAGUUCUUCAGCUGCAUUCUGAAGUGGUACAGUCCAGAAAAAUCUAUGCUGUUGGACUGGGCUGAAUGUAUGUUACUUUCUGUCCCAUACUAUUGCUUUCAGUCCACCAUUUUCAAUGUGAGGUUCUGUGUUGGUAGGCACAGCUUUUUAAAAAAUAUAUAAAUCACACACCCCACAGUUCUCUCUCACACCAGAAGAAGAAAAA